GCAGUGAGUGCAGACAGACAGGUGAAGAUGAUGAUGAUGUUAUUGGUGUUUUUGUUCAGCGUCUGGCUGAACUCCAGCUCAGCUGCAAAGCUGGGUGUGGUGAAGACAGAGGCGGGCCUGGUGGAAGGGAAGAGUCACAGGAUGGGGCUCUUCAGCUCUGUCGACGUCUUUAAAGGAAUCCCCUUCGCUGACACCCCUGGAAAAUGGGAGAAACCAAAACCUCACCCCGGAUGGGACGGAGUCAUGAAGGCGACUAAAUAUAAGGAUCGCUGCCUGCAGGUCACGCUGCUGCAGACAAAAACCCAGGGCAGCGAGGACUGUCUUUACCUGAACAUCUUUGUUCCACAGGGAAGUAGAUUGUCCUCCAGCCUCCCAGUGAUGGUGUACAUGUUCGGAGGGGCCUUCCUGUUGGGCGCGUCCAAUGACGUGGCGAUCCUCGGAGACUCUCUGUACGACGGGAAGGAGAUGGCCGACAGGGGGAAGGUUAUCAUCGUAUCGGUGAACUACAGAGUCGGUACGAUGGGUUUCCUCAGCACCGGAGACUCCAGACUGCCAGGUAACUACGGUCUGUGGGAUCAGCAUGCUGCCAUCUCCUGGGUCCGCAGGAACAUCGAGGCGUUUGGAGGAAACCCCGACAACCUCACCAUUUUCGGCCAAUCCGCUGGAGCCGCCAGCGUCAGCUACCAGAUGCUGUCUCCCUACAAUAAAGGGUUGUUCCGCAGAGCGAUCACACAGUGUGGUGUGGCCCUCAGUCCCUGGGCUAUCCAGAGGGCACCCAUGGCUCUCACCAAGAAGAUCGCUCGAAAAGUCGGCUGCUGGAGAACCGAUGAAGACGAGAUGAUAACCUGUCUGAAGAUGUCGGACCCUGUCGGUCUCACCAUGGCUGGAAAAAUUGACAUUCUGCUUAUUCUGGGAAAAGGUGUGGUCAUGGAUCUCCUUGAGCUAGCGCCCGUGAUCGAUGGUGAUUUUAUCCCAGAUGAGCCCAGUAAGCUGUUUCACAACGCGGGACAGUUUGAUUACCUGGCCGGGGUCAACAGCAUGGACGGACACAUCUUUGCUGGUGUCGAUGUUCCUUCUAUCAACGGGAAAAAUGCCACCACCCCAGCUCAGGUGAAGAGUCUGCUGACCGGUCUGACCAAAGAGAAAGGGAGUGCCGCUGUCUCCUCAGCAUACAGCACUUACACCGCACACUGGGGUUCCACUCCUGAACCGGGUACGGUGAAGAAGACAGUGGCCGACAUCGAGACGGACUUCCUGUUCCUGGUUCCGACUCAGAUCGCCCUCCAGCUCCACGCCAACAACACCAAUGGAGCCCAUACCUACUCCUACCUGUUCAACAUGGAGACUCGUAUCCCAGGAUUCCCUAGCUGGGUGGAGGCGGAGCACGCCGAGGACCUGCAGUACCUGUUCGGUAAACCCUUCGCCACGCCACUGGUCUACUUCCCCCGACACAGAGACCUGGCUGGGUACAUGAUCGCUUACUGGACCAACUUCGCCAAGACCGGUAAUCCCAACACAGGGGAGAACAGAGUCCCUGUGGCCUGGCCCCCCUUCACCAAAUACCACCAACCCUACCUGACCAUCAACCACAAGAUGAGCAAGUCUUCUGUCAGCUACAACCUGAGAUCAGAGUACGUCAACUACUGGUCCCAAACUUACACAACCUUCCCGUCCAUCAGAAGGGAAGAAGAAUGACGCACACGGAGGGACGAAGACAGGAGGGAAGCAAACCUGGUUCUACUGUCUGUUAAAUAAAACAUGAAGUCUGAUUGAUU